AGACUUUAGAGGGUGACGCUGCGUUGAACAAGCGCGAUCGCUACCCGCAUUUAUCUUUUGACCAUUGCCUACUUCGCUAACUCAAAAAAAAAAAGAAAAAAGAAUACGCGGUAGUUUAAAAAAAAGAACAGUUCGUCGUGUGCCAGUGUAAAAUAUUGUUUAAAAGUAUAGUGUGAUAAAAAACGUAGUGCGAUAAUAAAAUUGUAUUCAUUAAAUAUUUUAGUACUUACUAAUAAUAGUAUUUUAAUAGCUUUUACGUGAUAUACUAUAUUUUUUUUAAAUAAAGUAAAAACGUAAAGCCUUGGAUGUGGCACUUUUUGGCGCGAAAUAGGCAAGUUGCCGCCAUGUUAGCGGUUUUGACGGCAGCCGCUCUCGUGGUCAUAUUUUUGGCCACGAAAGGAUCUGGUUAUAGAAUUGUGGAAAAACAUGAGGUGGAAAGUGAAGAUGUUAGUGAGAGAGACGACAUAUUUUCGACUCAUACCCUCCCAACAGACGACCGCUUCAUGGCGUCCAUAGGUAACGGCCACGUAGCUACCAACGUCUUCAGCGACACAAUAUACAUGAAUGGGCUCUAUAACGGCCGUAAGGGCGAAAGUCGCAGAGCAAGGAUACCAGCCUGGUCUAAUAUUCGACUGAAUUCAACCCUCACACAUCACCCUUAUAGCCCUGUGUACAGUUUGGAUACGAAACGAGGAGUUUUCAAGGUCACUGUGGACAGAGAUCGGUCUACGGUUACGCAAAGAAUUUACGCGCAUCGGUAUUAUACUAGAGCGAUUGUUAAUCAGAUAGAGGUUGUCCCGAAAACACAUGUUGACCCAAAUUUCAUCCACCACGAGAUCUGGAUAACCAUAAAACAACUGCCAGGUCCACAAAGUAGCGAUAUAGACUUUGCUCCUCCCACACCUGAGAUUAUCGAGGGUCGAGCUUCUUGGAGAUCGUGUGGAAAGACCAGGGUCGCUGAAGACCCUGAGUACCAGCCAAUGCUGGUCGAUGUUUGUGCUUAUUGGACCUCGGUGCCUGACCAUUUAGUGGUACCACAGCAUAGGCCGAGGGUCUUUACAUUUGUUAUGACUGUGGAUAAUGAUCAGGAUGUAGCUAGAAAGGAGUUUGUUAAAGUAUUGCAGGAGGACGGGGAAAUAUUGUUCGAUAAACACGUCGAAGAGUGGGGGAAACUUUACCAAGAAGCUAGCAUGGAAAUUGAGGGAAAUCUUAAAUUGUCUAAGAUAGUAAACGGUAUCUGGUACUAUUACUUGAGCUCAUUACCUUCGCUCGAGUCUCACCAACCAGCAGAGAGAUUCUUUGGCUUGAGUCCCACAGGACUGGCUAGAGGAGGCUCUUUGACAGAUUAUGAAGGGCACAAUUUUUGGGACACAGAAAUGUGGAUCUACCCAAGUAUUUUGCUUCUAUAUCCGGAAUACGCAAAGAAGUUGCUACAGUACAGACUCGAAACGGCGUAUGUGGCCGCACAUCUUGCUAAAAUUACUGGGAAUAAGGGAUACAGAUUUCCCUGGGAAAGUGCUUACACCGGGUCAGAAGUGACGCAGCCAUGUUGUCCCGAAGUGGCAGAGUUCGAGCAGCACAUAUCGGGCUGCAUCGCGUUCGCGGCGAGACAGUACCUCGCGCUCACUAGAGACGAGGAGUGGCUGAAGCAUGGCGGUUGUUCGAUCGUGACCAACAUCGCUGACUUCUGGGCGUCGCGCGCCGUCAUCAACUACACCACUGGUCUUUAUGAUAUUUCAAAUGUGAUGGGACCUGAUGAAGACCACAGUAAUGUGACCAACUCUAUUUUCACCAAUGUCGUCGCUGGAUACUCCCUUUAUUUAGCACAAUACGUAGCCUGCCUCUGCAAGUCCUACUACAUAUCCAAAGAACCAGACCGGUGGGCAGACAUAGCCUGGAGUCUAGCACUACCUUACGACGAAGUACUGGAUUACCACCCGCAGUUCGCGGGAUAUACGCGAGGGGAAAUGAUUAAACAGGCUGAUGCCGUGCUAUUGGGGUACCCGCUGCAGUACCCUAUGAAUAUAUCAACAAGAGCGAACGAUCUCUCAUACUACGAGAGUGUGACUCGCCCCAACGGGCCCGCGAUGACGUGGUCCAUGCACGCGAUAGGACAGCUGCAGGUCGGCGACAACCUGAGCGCCGCGAAGCUGUUCAAUAGGAGCUAUGACGCGUAUGUGCGGGAGCCUUUUAAGAUAUGGAGUGAACUCCGCCGCCCAGCAGUAGGCGCAGUUAACUUCCUGACCGGUAUGGGCGGCAUGCUGCAAGCGCUCGUGUUCGGGUUCGCGGGGCUCAGCGCGAGGCUCGACCGGCUGGUGAUAGCCGCGCCGCAGCUGCCGCCCGAGGCCACCGGCUUCACUGUUAGAGGAAUAAAAUAUCUAGGCGCGAGCCUGACACUAAAUAUUAAAGUUGCGGGCACAACACUAACCGUCACAUCAGUAGACGAUGCGUGGCCCCUCACUAUGUUCAAUGGAAAGUACAAUAUUACUCUCAUACCGGGGAUGACGGUAACGCUAAAAGGACCCGGUCCAUUCACAAUCCAUUCAGUGCCUUGGAAGGAUUGUCAUCUCCCCGCUGAUAUAAUUGGACAAAAUUACUUACGACCCAUUGGAACUUAAUAAAAAUGUAAAUAAAUAAAGCUUAUCAAAAUAUUAUAUAAUAAUUUAUUGAAUUGUCUGAAAAUGUACGAACCAAUCAUAAUAACAUAAGCAUCCACGAUUCCAUGAUACAAUAAUCAGAGACUAUUUAUUAAAGAAUGAUAUGACUUUUA